UAAAACUAGGCCUUCGGCACAACCCGUUCGCCGCCGAGGCAACCACACCUCCCGCUCCCUUCUCCUCCGUCCUCGGCGAAUCCUAGGGUUUAGGCUGGCCCGGAAAUGCCCGGCGCCGGCGAGCUGGAGGGCGCGCGGCGCCUGUCUGACCUCGCCUUCGACGAGCUCUCACGUCUCGACCUCUUUUCCACCUCGUGCUCCGCCCCGCCACCCGCUGACCUCCCUCAGCUUCUCCGCCUCUGCCUCCUGUCGCUGCCUAGUUCCGCCGACUCCGACCUGGCGUUCCGCCGCUGCACCAGCUUGCUCGUCUCCCUCCGCGGUAUCCUCUCCCGCAACCCUGGCCCCUCGCUACUCCCCGCUCUUGAGGUGUUCCUUGAGAAUAUUGUGUCUUGCAACCAACUGAUGAGUUACUUUACUGUGGCCAAUGCUGCCAUGCCGAAACACUCAAGGGUCGCCUCUGUGGGUUCUGUGUGCCGUGGUGGGAACCAUUUCGUCCUGGAGCUCAUGUCCCACCACUUCAUUUCAGCGGUGCAAGAUGAGGAGUCGUUUUUGAGCGCGCUAUCAUGGUCAGUGAAGACUAAGUUGGAAAUUCCACAAAUAGGCUUUUCAGGAGCUCUUUCGUUGCUCCAAAAGAGUUACUUGCUCUCUAGUUCGCCCGCUAUCCAGGCUCAUUUCUUACUGCUGGCAUGCAAGUGUGUUGGCAAUGGGGAUCUUGACAUGCAUUUGCUGGCGUUUGAGCAUGCCAUGAAUGUUUAUUUGAGUUACUUACCUGCACUAGGUGUUUUCAGAAGAACUACUAGUGUAAAAAGCUCAUUGGUUUGUUUCAUGGAAACAAGACCUUUGAACUCCUGUAUACAAGCUGCAACUCAUCAGAAUCUAACCUGUGAUAUCAAUCGACUGCUUUCAUUUUGCAAGUUGCACUCCAGUGAUGACUUGCCCACCAAUGACAGUGAUAUAGCCAGUUUCAUUGAAGAAAUCCAGCAACUACUUCAUGUAGAAUCCAGGCAGGAUAUUGUUACUGCUGUGAAAAGCAUAGUGUCCAAUGCCAUUGUUUUGGCAAAGGAGGAGGAGAUGGGUAGAUUAGAUCUGAAUGUUUCAGAGGGAAUUAUCUGCCUUGCUGCAGCACUUAAGCUAAUGGCAUCCUCUUUUUUACAGAUUAUGCAUGGCAUUAGGAAAAUAAGAGUGGCAGAUGCCAGUCAAAUCACACAUUAUUUAGAACCUUCCAAGCUGUUUAACUUCAUAUCAGAAACCAUCCACUUACUUGGACACUACGAAGCUAAUGAGCUCGAGAGAAAUGACUUAUUUGAUACCAUUGGUAAUCCUGGGGACAGGGAACUGGGUGCAAUGCUAAUGCUAUCUCAUUUUGCUACCUUAUCAGUUCACUGUUUAAGAAUGAAAUUUGGCUUUCUGUGGAAAGGUUGCAUUUUCAUGAUGAUGAUGGCCAAUCUAUGUGCUACUGAAAUCUGUAGAGUUCUUAUUGAUGGUUUAAAAGAAUCUGGAGUUUGUUGUGCUGGCCAAGAUGCCACUUUGAAGGGCUGUAUUCCGAGAAGAUCUUCCACAGAGAUAGCAUUACGGUUUAAGAACAUACAGAAAGUUUAUAGUCAAGAUAAGCUUGGCCAUGGCUCUGGCGAGGGUUGCAGUUCUGAUACCCUUCGGAGGUGUACAUCUACUAACGGAAGGGAUGAUGUUCGAGCCUUCCUUAAAUACCUUCCAGGAUAUGAUGAGAACUCUUCAGAUGAUCUACUUGAUUUCAUUGAAUGCACACCCGGUCUGGAUUGUUCAAAUUUCUGGACGCAACACAAGAAGUUUAAAAAGUAUAAGGACGAAAAAUGGAUCCGAAGCAAGAGACAAUAUUCUAUGAGAAGACUGAGAACCUCAAAGAGAUGGUUCAAGUAAAAGUGUUUGCUAGCGCUAUAAAAGCAAACAUCUGUAUAUCACAGACUCCGAUGCUAACUUUUGUAUAGUUCCAGCCGUUGAUUCUGGCCUUCGUGAAUUUAGAAGCAUUAGAUGGAAGUUGAAGGUAUCAGGGCAGAUAGUAGCUGUGGAACUAACCUCCAAUGUUUUCCAAGUGAAACAUUGGUAACUCGUCAGAAUCUUUGAGCGUUAAAAGUAUGAUCACUGAGCUUUUCACUGGUUCAGAAAGUCCACUAGAGUGCCGGAUCUUAAUGUUCCGUUUGGACAUGUACAUUAUUAUUUAUUUAACUUAACUUUAUGACAGCAGCAUUUUGUGAGGUGAAAGAAUCACCGCCUUUCAUUAUGAGUGAAUUACACAUCAGACUAUCUAUUAUGUUUAAAGUACAAAAAAGUUAGAGAUCAAACGUGGAUACAUACAAAUUGAUGAGUUCUUUAUAUAUUAAUUAUGAGUGAAUUACA